AUGAGAAAUAAUGAUUUAGUCGACGUGACUAAAAUGGACGAGUCGAAAAAGCAAAAGAAAAAAAUGCGGGAUUCGGGUCCCGACACUUACUCCACUUGCUCCAAUGCUGCCAAUCAAAGAAAAAGAGGACUCAACAGGUUCUCGUUAAGAAGACUGCUUUAUUCUAGUCCUUUAGUUAUGAGAAGACUUAAUCGAGCGGUUCCAGGAUCUUCGAAAACUAAACAAACAGGAGAAAGAUCUGGAAAUGUUUCUAAAGACAUCGAAAAAGGAGAAGUAUCUAAAACGGGUUUAAUUGCAGCCGGAGGUUCCCUGAGCGUGAAAAGAGCAUCCAGUAAAGGCUCCAGUUCCAAGACUGAAGAAUGCCCCCUGUGUUUGACUCAGUUACCGAUAGAAUACUUUCCGGAUUUAUGCACUUGUCCGCAUAAAUCUUGCUACAAUUGCUUCCAGCAAUAUCUUCGAAUAGAAAUAUCCGAAUCUAGAGUUUAUCUUUGUUGUCCAGAAUGUGCGGAACCGAUGCAUCCGAACGAUAUAAGAAUGAUUCUCAACGAUAAACACUUGUACGAAAAAUAUGAAGACUUCACGUUGAGACGAGCUCUCGCAAUAGAUCCCGACACGAGGUGGUGUCCAGCACCGGAUUGCGGUUUUGCCGUGAUAGCAGCCGGAUGUGCAAGUUGUCCGAAAAUUCGUUGCGAACGUCCAGGUUGCGAUUCUUAUUUCUGCUACCACUGCAAAGCGGAAUGGCAUCCGAAUCAAACUUGUAAUGCCGCAAAAGCUCAAAGAUCUCUUAACGUUAGGUCCUCGUCCGUCAGCUUUAGUCAGGAUUCGCAACACAAAGAUGAUAUUAAACCUUGUCCAAGAUGUCAGGUAUUAAUUGGAAAAAUGGACGAUGGUUCGUGUAAUCAUAUGACCUGCGCUGUUUGCGCGGCUGAAUUUUGUUGGCUAUGCAUGAAAGAAAUUAGCGAUUUGCAUUAUUUAAGCCCUUCCGGAUGCACUUUUUGGGGUAAGAAACCUUGGUCGCGAAAGAAGAAAAUUUUAUGGCAGUUGGGAACGCUAGUCGGUGCUCCCGUAGGCAUCGGUUUGGUCGCUGGCAUUGCCAUACCCGCCAUGAUAAUAGGUAUACCCGUUUGGGUCGGUAGAAAGCUGUACAGCCGUUAUGAAAGCGAAAACAAGCACAAGCGAAAUUUAAUGGUUGCUGGCGGCGUGACGGCCUCGAUUUUGAUAUCGCCAAUAUUGGCUGGAAUUGCCGUGAGCGUUGGAGUUCCUAUACUUUUGUUUUACGUUUACGGUGUUGUUCCCGUGUCUCUUUGUCGUUCCGGAGGUUGCGGAGUAUCAACAUCCGGUGCCGGAGUUCGAUUUGAUUUCGAUGACGAAAACGAAAUGUCUGCCAGAAACACGGAUGCCGUUUCGAUGGAUACCGUGAGUCAUCGCGGCGUUAAUCCUUCCAUUGGAGAAGCUUCCCUCUCGCUGGGUAGCGGAAGUCAGUUGGAACGUCUCGGAAGGGAAAACGAUCGAGAAUCCGUGAGCAACGUUGCAUUGGCUGGAGCGAGCAUUGCCGGAAGCAUCGCUUCCAGCGGUUUAACUGCUGUUCAAAGAUUAGAAGUUCAAGUCGAUGUUUCGUCUGCUCAACGUUUUAGCAUGAGCAGCGAAACGGCUUCGGCUGCCACAAGCUUGUCGGAAAAAUCCGUGUCUGCGUCAUUUGCCGACGACGGAGGUGCUUCCGUGAGAGCACUCGCCGGUUCCGUUUUAAAUUUUAAAGCGGAAACAAGUUCGGUGGCCAGUUACAGACCUGGAGAACCCGUCGGAAACGCGGACAACGCUUCUCAAAGAAGUGAAGAUACGAGACCUGCGUCCCUUAGCUCCUUGGAAGAAUUAACUUCCGGUUUGUUGAGGAGAGUGACCGGAGGUAGACGGAGACUGGAAAAACAAUGCAGCGACAACAACGGGGGAUCAUCCACCACGGGAACGGAAGAUUCGACAUCGGAAAGAGUCAGAUUUGAUAAUCACGUGAGUUUCAUCGCUCCACACAAGGAUAAUCAUUGCGUCGUGGAAAUGGAAACAACCGUUUCGAACGAGAAGACAUCGUCGCUGAGAAACGUUUUGCUUCACUCACAAUUGGAAUCGAAUAAAAGAUUUGGUAAAUUCAAUCGGAAGAACACGACGACGACGACGACGACAAACAAUGACGGUGCGACGGUGGCGCCGGCAACGACGACGACAACAGCAACAACAACCGACUUACCUAUGAUACCCGACGUGCCGCCCACUCCUCCGACAUCUGCCAAAUUUCACGGUUCUACUUCCCUCGGAGAGGUUCUAUAG